UAGAUUUUACAUAUAAUAAUUCUUGUAUAUGGCGACAACCCAAUUCCUUUCACUCCGAAAGCGAUCUCCAAACCCCAAUUAUCCACUCCCCUUUUUAAACCCCAACCCAUUAUUCCAUAUUCCUAUUCUUCCACCACAAUGGCAACCACCACCUCCGACGCCGAUUUCCGAGACUUCCACCCCGAAAUCUCCGUAUCCCAGUCGCCAUCCCACGACGGCCUUGAAUUCUGGCAGUUCAUGAUCGCCGGCUCCAUCGCCGGCUCCGUCGAACACAUGGCCAUGUUCCCAGUUGACACCCUCAAAACCCGCAUGCAGGCAAUUGGGCCUUCUUCCUGCCCAUCUUCAUCCCUCACCCUCCGCCAAUCCCUCGGCUCCAUUCUCAAGCUCGAAGGCCCCGCCGUCCUUUAUCGCGGCAUCGCCGCCAUGGGUCUCGGCGCUGGACCUGCCCACGCCGUCUACUUCUCAGUAUACGAAUAUUCCAAGAAGUUCCUCAGCACGGAGAAUCGGAAUAACUCGGCCGCGCACGCGGUUUCUGGUGUGUGCGCCACGGUGGUGAGCGACGCCGUGAUUACGCCGAUGGAUAUGGUGAAGCAGAGACUGCAAUUGAAGAGUAGUCCUUACAAGGGUUUGGGUGAUUGUGUGAGGAGGGUGUUGGUGGAGGAGGGAAUUGGAGCUUUCUAUAAGUCGUAUCGGACGACGGUGGUGAUGAACGCACCGUUCACGGCGGUUCAUUUCGCGACGUAUGAGGCGGCGAAGAGGGGGUUGAUGGAAGUGUCACCAGAGAGCGCGAGUGAGGAUGAGACGCUAGUUGUCCAUGCCACUGCUGGUGCUGUUGCUGGGGCAUUGGCUGCAGCUGUGACGACUCCACUUGAUGUUGUGAAAACUCAGUUGCAGUGUCAGGGAGUAUGUGGAUGUGAUCGAUUUUCUAGUAGUUCAAUCGGCGAUGUUGUUCGAAGCAUUGUCCAAAAAGAUGGAUAUGGUGGGCUCAUGAGGGGCUGGAUCCCCAGGAUGCUCUUUCAUGCACCUGCUGCCGCAAUCUGCUGGUCUACCUAUGAGGCAGCCAAAACCUUCUUUCAAGAACUCAAUGCCAAAAAUAGGCCGUUUGAGUAAAACAAGGAUACGGAGGUCUUCAUCGAAUCCGCAGGCAUCUCAACCUGGUUGACCAACUUCCAAAAAUUGUUUCUGCCAUUGUUACUGUAACUGAAUCACACGGUAGCAUAAUUUUCCUAGACCUGGCCACUGUUUAUUCUAGUGGUGCUGGUUAGUUCAGGCAGAAAUUCUUGGAAUAUACUAUGCAAAUUGUGGUGGUAGAUCGGGCGUGACCGGUCUCCAUAUUUUGUACAUGUUUAUGCACUUUGGUUACUUCGAAAUCUGUGUCAUUGAUGAUUUUGAGUUCCUUA